GCCAUUUCAUCACAAAUCGCAUAAGUAAAUACAUCCCCCCACCCACAGCCAGCCAAAACUUCAAGCCUCAACCUUCAAAUCAUCACAAACCUCAAAACUCAAAAAUAUGCCCACCAAAAUGACCAAAGAUGAUGCUUCACGCAUCCAAUCCACUCAAGCACAGGGUGGCAAAGACAUGUCCUCUUCGGGAUUUGCCGCGCGCGCUCAAGGAGCUGGAGAUCGUAACGCAAAUACCGGCGGAUACAAAGCAGGUCAAGGUACUGGUGGCGGAAAUGCCGGUCAAGCUGGAUCAGAUAAGAAGUAGGCUGAAACAAGAUUGACAUCCAGUAUCAUUUUUUGAUCCACAAGACCAAUCAAAAGCCUCCUUGUUCCGAUUGUUUAGUUCAUAGGUAGCGUGGUGAAUUGGAUGAACGUUGGGGGAGGCAAUGGGGUACGGUUAGCUUGAAUAGGUGACUGAGAGACUUUGGAUCAGAGAUCCUAGCCAUUCGUUUUGCAAUCGUAAUGAAACGCGAUCA